ACAACUUUGUUUCUGCACCGCUGGGAGGCAUCAUGAAGUGGCUUUGCCUUUUUGUUCUGUGCGGAGUCGUUUUCGCCAAGAAUCCUGAAGAGAGUGACGAUCUUUAUGAAGGGGACAUGAUAUUAACAGCCGAUCAGCGCAUGGCGGCCGAAAUGGGACUGGAUGUGGAUGAUCCAAUGGGGAGAGGUUCAACCAAAAACAGACAGUGGCCGGGAGGGGUGAUGGCUUACGUCAUUGACUCCAGUCUAUCUCGUAAUUCCAGAGCAAUGAACGCCAUCCGAGCAGGAAUGGAGGAAUGGACAAGCAAAACAUGUAUCCGGUUCAAGAAGAGGACAAAUGAACGAGCUUAUGCCAACUUCAAAAUUGGCUCUGGAUGUUCCUCGUACGUAGGAAGAACAGGCAGUCGUCAAGAUAUUAAUCUCGCCAGCGGAUGUUGGUACAGAGGAAUUGUAGCUCACGAAAUUGGGCAUGCCUUGGGUUUCUACCACGAGCAGUCUCGUCCUGACAGAGAUAGUUACGUCACAAUUAUGUGGGACAACAUCAUUGAGAGAAACAAGUUUAAUUUCAACAAAUACAAUCGAGGAACUAUCGACAGCCUGGGAACCAAGUAUGACUAUGGAAGUGUGAUGCAUUAUGGGAGCAGGGCUUUCAGCAAGAACGGAAGACCUACUAUCGUUGCCAAGCAAUCAGGGGUAACACUUGGUCAGCGACGGGGAAUUAGUGCAACAGACGCACAGCAGAUGAAUCUUCUGUACAAGAGCCAGUGUGGAGGAGGAGGAGGAGGAGGAGGAGGAGGAGGAGUUGGUGGUGGAGGGGGAGGUGGAGGAAAUUGUCAAGAUAAGGAUAACAGAUGUAGCGGAUGGACGAGAUAUUGCAGCUAUCACCGAUACGUGAGGGCAAACUGCAAGAAGACCUGCAAACUAUGUUAAUCAGCAACGAAAAAAAGGUCAUGUGCCAUUUUCGGGGAAGUGCUGUUGUAGUUUAAAUUUAUGUAGAGUGGGUUAAUAGAAUAAAACUGGCAGAAAAACCUCA